GUGGUGUAGCUCACUUCCUGUGCCUCUGCUGCUGCUGCUUAUGUUUGCGUCUUGCUUAUGUCAGUCUCUGUUAAGACUGUUGUUCUCACAGAUAUGGAUUUUUUGAUGACAGAGCCAGCUUAUAAACUUUUUAUCUUUUUAUGCAUGAUACAACAAGACUAGGUCUCUAUACAUAAAAGGACAUCAAAUUACACUACAGAUGACAUUGGACAUUUCAGUACUCUGACUAUCACUUAUGAAAUUGAUUUAUCAGGAACAUAUGGAAUGCUUAUACAUUACAAUGCUUUUGCAACUGCUGUGGAGGGACAGAACAUCAGCUUGCAGUGCAUUGUGGGAGAGGAGCAUUACAUCAAAAUUAUCCAGCUGGAAUGGAUUAAACAGCAAAAAGAUAAUGAGAGGAACGAUAAGAAGAUUGUAGUGUUCCAUCCUGGGUUGGCAAUACAUUAUUUUCAAUCUGGUCCUCUUCUGGAGACAGUGACCAGUUCAAAAACUGGGGAGCUACAGGGCUCAAUCCUGACUCUGCAUAAAGUUACAGAGAAUGACAGUGCAAACUAUAUUUGCGAAAUUACUUCUUAUCCUAAUGGCUUGAUUAAAAGAACCACAAAGCUGCAAGUGACAGAGCCUCCAACAUCAGUGAAGAUGCCAUAUCCAUAUGGAUUCAUAAAAGAGGGAGAUGAAGUGAAAAUAACUUGUUCAGCGAGCCCUCCACCACUCCGUUAUAAACUUGGAAGGUCAAAGGACAAGAUAUUUUUUCUGGAAAGCUCAAAUGGAGAGUUCAUUUUACUCAACGUCACCAGAAACGACAGCGAUCUGUACAUCUGUUUACCAGAAUGGGACUCGUUAGUCCGAAAUCAGCAAGGUCUCAAUGCCACCGUGGAACUGACUGUGAAUUUUCUUGAUGGCAUUGAGUGUAACACAAGCAGCCCUUUAAACGUCAGCGCUGGUGAAGAUGUGGCACUUUCUUGUGUCGCAACAGCAUCACAGUACUUGCAGUAUAAGUGGAUGAGAGGUGACACAACACUGUCUCUCUCAGACUCUUUGUCUCUGACCUCCGUAACAUCUGACCAAUCAGGAACAUACAAACUGACAGCUGUCUUUCUGGACAAUCAACUGCAGACAGACAUGGAGUUUACUAUUCAUGUUCUCUCAAAGCAAAGCGAAGAUCCAGCUACCAGAAGAAAAACAGAUGCCUCUGUUAUAACAAAGAAAAACAUCACCACCACUGUUACAACAUCAAAAGCAUCAAAAAACUCAGCAUAUAUCGCCGUCCCGAUUGGGUUGCUGUUGCUCGUGUUGAUUGUGCUUCUAUACAGAAGACACCAGAACCAAAAAAAUGGAUAUGCCACCUCCCCCAGUGAAAUACACUUCAGUGAAGAACCAUGAUGUCCCUAUGACUGAUAUUCUAGUGUGAAUGUAUCAUGCUCUUGAGAACCCAAAAACCGUGGGCCACAUAUAUGCUGACAGGAAGAUUUCUCCCUAAAGGCCUCAUCCAAAAAUGAAAAUUGUUUCAUGAAUUACUCAUCCUCAUGAAGUUCUGUAGUCCACGCAACCAAUACUUUGAUGCUUCAAAAAGUUCAUGAAGGCAUUGUAAAUGUAACCCAUAUGAAUCACCCAGUUUAAUUUAAUUUAAUGUUAAUUUAAGCUUUUAUUCACAUAUAAACAUUGAUUAGUGCAUAAAUGACAUCAAAUAUGUUGUAAAAUAUGUUUGUAAUUUUUAUUUUAACUUGUUUUUUUUUACUUUUUACCAUUCUAUUUUGUUAUAUUUUUGGGUUAAUAUAAAAUCACCCAUAUGUUUAUGUUUUUAUGUGAUUUUUAAAGUACUUUUUACUUAUUGUCUCCGUAUGAAUGAAUAGCUUGUACAUUACAUUUUUUGGUAAUUUUG